CAAUCCAGAACGAGUAUUAACCACUUACUACGCCAUGAUAAGCACCAAAAGGGGUUCCACAGGAUAAAAAGCAAAAAACUUCUCAACCCCUCCAGCCUUCAAUUAUUUCAAAAAGAGAGAUAAUUGAAGCACACCGUGAAUGAUCACUGCCUUUUUAAACCUCAAUUCUUGAAAAAGUUUCGAUCUUGACAAGCUUUCCCCAAUGGACAUGAAGGUCAAAUUGGUUUUCUGGCUUCUCUUCAUGCUGGCCGCGCCGGGCCUGGGCUCCGCCGCGCGCCGCCGGAAUCUCGAGGUUAAGCGCCACCUCAGCCGCCUGAACAAGCCUCCUGUCAAGUCCAUCAAGAGCCCAGAUGGUGAUAUCAUAGACUGCAUCCCUAUAUCUCACCAACCAGCUUUCGAUCAUCCCCAUUUCAAGAAUCACACAAUUCAGAUGAUGCCUAGUUAUCACCCGGAAGGGCUGUACAGAGACGGCAAGAAAGUGGGGAAGGGAGAAAGUGGGAUAGCUCAGCUGUGGCACAAGAGUGGGAGGUGUGCACAUGGCACGAUUCCGGUGAGGAGAACAAGAGAAGAGGAUUUGUUGAGAGCAAGCUCAAUCCAAUCAUUUGGGAAGAAGAAGCACAAAACCAUUCCUACACCACCAACUUAUGCCAAGCCUCAGCCUGAUCUUAUUAACCAAAAUGGGCAUCAGCAUGCCAUAGCAUAUGUUGAAGGAGAUCAAUACUAUGGAGCAAAGGCUACCAUAAAUGUGUGGGAUCCUAAAAUUCAACAAUCAAAUGAAUUCAGCUUGUCACAGCUUUGGCUUCUGGGAGGCUCUUUUGCCUCAGAUCUCAACAGCAUUGAGGCUGGCUGGCAGGUUAGUCCAGAUUUAUAUGGAGAUAACAACACAAGACUCUUCACCUACUGGACUAGUGAUGCUUAUCAAGCCACGGGGUGCUACAACUUGCUGUGUUCGGGUUUUAUUCAAAUCAACAAUCAAAUAGCGAUGGGGGCCAGCAUCUAUCCCCUCUCGAGCUACCGGGGUUCCCAAUAUGAUAUCAGCAUACUUGUUUGGAAGGACCCGAAGGAAGGGAACUGGUGGAUGCAAUUUGGGAACGACUACGUGCUGGGAUACUGGCCAGCGUUUCUGUUUUCGUACUUAUCAGACAGUGCUUCUAUGGUCGAAUGGGGAGGCGAGGUGGUGAACUCAGAGUCAGACGGGCAACACACGACCACACAGAUGGGCAGUGGCCAUUUCCCCGAUGAGGGAUUUGGUAAGUCGAGUUAUGUGAGAAAUAUUCAGGUUGUAGACGAGUCGAACAACUUGAGGGCUCCUAAAGACAUUGGAACUUUCACGGAGCAGUCGAGCUGCUACGAUAUUCAGCUUGGCAGGAGUGGUGAAUGGGGUGAGUACUUCUACUUUGGGGGACCUGGUAGGAACUCCAACUGCCAGUGAAUAUGAAGAGAAAAAUACAUAUAUAUUGAAUUGGUUUUCCUUCUUGCAAAACCUUUAUUUUAGGAUUGUAUUCCCCAAAAUAGAAAAUAAGUUUAUUUUGGGGGAAGUUGUUUGUAGUUCAAACAUUUAUCUGCAUGUCAAUUAUUAUUCAUUGAUGUACCUAUGUCAAUUAAGAUAGGGAGUGGUGAUGUAAGUUUCUUAAUUGAAGGAAACAUGCAUCUUAUCUAUUUUAUUUUGAAUUUAGAGAA